AUGCGAGUGCAACAUGAUGAAAUUGUUUUAAAUCAGCUUCGUAAGCAUGAUAAUUUCAAGAUACCACAAAGACCUUACAACACUCAACGACCCGUCAACCCUUUCAUUCAAGAGUCGAAAGUCACAAACCUCAAAGGACCUUUCUUGUUUAAUGGACGACCCGAAGAAAUCUUCCUUCUUCAAAAUACUUUCAAUCCACUUUACACUAAUCCAAGAUUUAUGAAUAAUUUUUAUUAG